ACAUUUUAUAAUACGGUAGGAGAGUACAGUUUUAAUAAAAAAUUAGGUAUAAAUAAUUAUCAGUUGUUAGUACAAUAUGGAAAGAAUAAUGUUUAAAAUAUUACAUGCGUAAAAAAUAUGAUAUAUAAUAAUAAAGAGAACUAAUAUAAUGUUAGAACUAAAUAUGGAAGUAUCAAACAAUAAAAUAAAAGUUUAUUAUACAAGAAGGAAUUCGAUAAACAAUAUAACAGACAUAAAUAUUUAAAAAAAAUAUUCCGUUUUGAAAGAACAUAAUUUAAACAUCUUGAUUAUAUAUAUUAUAUUAGAAAAAAUGCAACUUAUGGAUACAUAUUAUUUAAAAAGUUCGGAUUACGAAUAUAUUUAUCUUUUAUACUGCUCUAUUUGGUAUUCUUUUCACUAUUAAUUAGUAUUAUUAAAACAAUUUUUGAAAAAAGUUUUGAAGCAUUGUAUUUACGAGUCUUCGAUGCAUUAUGUAUUGUAUUCUUGAUAGCGUAUAUUUAUAUAUUUAUAAAAAUUAUAAAAAAUAUGUGAAUUACGAAAAGCAAA